AUGACCAAACCUGAGAAUAUUGUUGGUAUUGAAUAUAACCGUGUGACUAAUGUGUCUGCACAUGACAUUCCAGGGUACAAACUUGGAGAAGACUAUGCCUGGAGUUUGGAAAAGUUUGAAGAGAGCUUCCAAAUCAAUAUUCAACAUCUCACGGAAAAAGAAGCCAAUUUCGACUUGGUCAACAUUGACACUUCGGUUGCCAAUGCUUUCCGUCGUAUCAUGAUUGCUGAAGUUCCUUCAGUAGCCCCAGAAACAAUCUUUAUUUUCAAUAACACAUCGGUGAUCAGUGAUGAAGUUCUCUCACAUAGAAUUGGGCUCAUACCACUCAAGGUCGACCCAGAUUUGUUGACUUGGGUUGAUAGUAACGUCGAAGAGGAUGAAGGGAAGUUUACCGAUGAGAAUACCAUUGUCAUGUCACUUAAUGUCAGCUGUACCAGAAACCCUGACGCGCCAAAGGACUCACAAGACCCAAAUGAGUUAUACCGUAACAGCAACGUUUACUCGAAAGACUUGAAGUUUGAACCUCAGGGAAGACAACUUGAAAUGUUCAAAGGUAAUCCUGUUGAACCAGUAUUCCCAAAUAUUUUGUUAGCCAAGUUGCGCCCGGGUCAGGAAAUUUCUUUGACGGCUCACUGUGUUUUGGGUACCGGGUCAGAUCACGCCAAGUUUUCUCCGGUGGCUACUGCUUCAUAUAGAUUGAUGCCGGUGAUUCAAAUCUUGAAAGAUGUUGAAGGUGAAGAUGCCAAGAAGUUCCAAAAAUGUUUUACUCCAGGGGUUAUUGGAAUUGAUGAUGAUGGGAAAGCUUUUGUUAAAGAUGCAAGAAAAGAUACCGUUAGUAGAGAAGUUUUAAGACACGACGAAUUCAAAGGCAAAGUGAAGUUGGGGAGAGACAGAUCGCAAUUUAUCUUUAAUGUUGAAUCGGUUAGUGCCAUGAGUCCAGAAGAGAUUUUUUUCAAGAGUGUUAGAAUUUUGAAAAAUAAGGCCGAAUAUUUGCGUAAUUGUCCUAUUGGCCAGGUAUGA